CCAGUCCCCAACAAAUUGCAAAGCGGGCAAUAUGGUGGUGGUCAUGGUGCAAAUAUUCCUGUUAUUACUGUGAAUAUGUUGUAUUAAAGGGUGCCAAGUCAGGAUUUAGCUACAACAUUUGUUGCGGCAUUACUGCUAAUCAUUGAGUUAGCUUUACAAAAGAAACAUUACCGACAUGACAACAAUCAGACCUUUUACUUGCGACGACUUAUUCAAAUUUGCAAAUGUGUGAGUACAAAGUUAAGUGAAAGUACUUCUGUGCAAUUGUUGACAAGUUGAGUAAAUUACUUGGACAAAUAACUUUACAUGCAGAACAUUGGAACAUUUCCUAUGAAAUUAGUUGAUGUCUGUACAAGUCAAAAUAUAAAUUUUGCCAUGAAAGUAGUUAAUAGUUAAUACCAACACUAGUCAUGAAAGCAGUUAGCCAGUUACCAAUUUCACUAUAUUAUGAUAUUUUAUAGGAAUUUGGAUCCACUGACGGAAACAGUAUCCUACAGACCUACACACAUAAAUUAUUUAGAGUGAAAACUCGACUAUGUUUGCUAUGACCUUUGUGCAUUGAAGAUCUACACACAAUUUAGUAGUUUUAGGAGUUAGUAUAGUGAGGGUAGCCAGGGUGCAUUCCAUGCAAACUCUACGCUGAAGAUACGCCAAUAUUAACUACAGAUAGUAUUGUAAUGUGCCAAACUCACGCUGAAGAUCUUCAGGGUAUUGCACUUAGAAUGCACACUGGGAGGGUAGCGACAUGCAAAAUUUUAUUUUGCCUAUUUCGGAAUGUGAGGGUAGAUUGUGUGUGACCUCAUUGAUUGAAUUUUUACAUGGCAUUACAAAAUUUUUACUUGGAGUUGACUAUUAAAUGAUAUAUUUACAUACUUUGCAAUUGGAUCUUAACUGCUGUCUGUAGUAUGGUAUUCAGUUUUACCUUCAAUAUUUAUCUCGAUGGCCAGAAUAUUGUCAAGUUGCCGAGUCUCGAGAUGGACGAAUAAUGGGUUACAGUAAGUGUUGUAAAUCUGAGUUGGUUAACUUAUAAUGGACCUCUAGGGAGAACAGUUUAGUACUAGUGCAUAGAACUAUUGAGUAUAAAUAAAGUUAGGCCCUAGAAAUUUUUUGUUGGGCCCCAGUCAUUUUUUUGGGUUAAAUAUUUCUGCGCAAAGGGCAAGAUAUUUGGGGUUUUUUGGAAUAAUUUUUUUGGAAAAAUUUGAAAUCGGGGCCCCUAAAACAAAGUUUGCCCCGGGCCCCCACCAACCUCUCGGAAGCCCUGAUAAGAGAUGAUCCUCACUGGAUCUUUAGGAAGAACGUUUUCUAUGUCAUGACAUUAAUUAAACUAUUUUACAAUUAUUUAUAAUUAAUCCUUACAACCACCAUACUAUUAUUAUGCUGGUUAAGAUUGGAUGCUUAAUGCUAUUUUACAUACAACACAGUAAUCACUUGGUAGAAAUUUGCUAUUCACUUUUUACUGUAUGAGCCACUGGGUAGAAAUUUGCUAUUCACUUUUAAAUAUUUAAUUCAAACCCUAAAUGGAAAACCAUAUUUCUUAAGUUAUAGGCAAAGCUGAAGGAAGUGAGGAACGAGAACAGUGGCAUGGUCACGUCACUGCUGUCACAGUUGCUCCAGAGUUCAGGAAACUGGGACUAGCUCGGCAGUUGAUGACUAACUUGGAAGAGACCUCUGAAAGGUAGAAGCUUCAGAAUGAUUGCAAUUUUAACAUACAAGACUACGAUGGUUGGGUAGCCACAACAAUCUAGGAGACCAAUUACUGCAGGCCCAAAAGACAAUUGCAUAAAUAAACAAUACAAAGUAACUAAUAAACUAUGAAACUAAAAACAACAGUUUAUCAAGAUGGUUAAAGUCCUCACUCUAUUGCAUCUCUGACAGAUUCAACAGUUUCAAAAGUUUAUGGAUCUUCACAGUUAUAUGAUGUUUCUGGUGUUGUAAAAUAGUAACUUUUCAAUAUAGUCUUGAAUGAGCGCAGAACUUGCUCUCAGGUGGAGGGGCCCUUUAAUUAGAUAUUUCAUUUCAGGAAAAAAUGUUUCUUUGUGGAUCUAUUUGUUCGCGUAUCAAACGAGGUUGCUGUGAAUAUGUACAAACGUUUGGGUUAUGUGGUUUACCGCAGAGUUCUGGAUUAUUAUUCUGGCGACCCUGAUGAGGAUGCUUUUGGUAAGAAUUUGCUUGGAUUUCUUUUUAGAUUUUAAUCUUUUGUGGUGUAAUUUCUGGGAAAUUCUAAAGCAAUUUUUGUAUCUAACUUACACUUUUUUCCUUGUUUCAGACAUGCGCAAAGCGCUAUCACGUGAUAAAGACAAGAAGUCAAUGAUUCCAUUGAAACAUCCAGUACGACCUGAAGACGUAGAAUAACCAGGAGACCAACCAUGAAAUAUAUCUUGUGUAAAUAGAUAGAUCUCUGAAUAUUUCCAUAGCUAGAUUAAGCACAUAGAACUAAAACCACUUUAGCAACUUUUUUCCUGUCAAAGUUGCCAGAUAUAGAUGUCAUUAAACAAAGCUAACAGUGAAUAACAAAGGCAAACUAAUUUGUAAUAUUCAUCUACACUGUAUUAACAAGGAGUUGAAUGACGGUUUUUGGUGACAGAUUAUUUAACACUUUUGGGGUUGAUUCAGUGUCAUGACAUCAUAUCCUUAGCAACGUCUACAUAAAAAAAGUUGAUGAAGAUUUUUUUUUAUCAUACAGAUAUAUUACGUUUCUUCUUAGAAAAACGCAAAUACCACACGUCCCAAAUAUCAUAUUUUGGAGUAAGUGGCACUUGAAGUAAAGUGAGAUAAAACAAGACUUACACACAGCUUUAGAAAUUAAAAAAAGUAUACACGCCAACUAAAGUUAAGGAAUCUUAAUUUGGUUGUAGCUUGAUUUGUUUGAUGGUUGGUCAUUAGCGUCAAUCCAGCAAUCUGGUAGAUGGACUUUUGGAUGGAUGGAUUACGAACUACGAAGUGCUCAUCUAGUUUUGUAGUAAAUUAAUGUAGUCAAGCUUUGUUUCCUUGAUAUGCUUGUGGUAAAUUGUGUAUUUUUUAAUGCAAUAAAACUAUUUUGUCCUUGCUUAAAUUUUGUUUUUGUUCUUUUCUGUACAACAUGAAGAAUUCCCGGCUGAUUCGCAUCUAGUGUUUAUUGAAUAUUGUGCGUGAUUUUAAUGGCCCAAACUUCGCUCUCCGAAAUUUUAUGUCUUCGUUUAGUUAACUAUUUCAACAAGCAUGUUCACUGGCAACCAUUGUCACUCCAUUUUCUGGGCUAUUUCUAUUUACACAUCUUGGUUUCUGCAAUUAACUUGCUAAAUCUGGUUGUCUUUGCCAUACAGAGAGUGAAAAUCAUAGACAUACAUCACUGCAACAGCAGACAUGUCA